CUGCUCCCUCCUCUUUGUCACCGCGCCACGCGCUGGAGAGAUGUGCAGAACAGCCGUCGGUGCCAGUCCUCCUCGCAACUGGAGUUUUGUUCACGGGGAGCUCAGUGGAAGGCUCGUUUUUAAUAUUAGAUAGGGUUUAUUUUUCCAUUGUCAGCGUUGUUAACGGAAUUAUGAGACUUGUUUAUUCCUACGGGGGCUCUCGAGAAGUUGUAUGUCUUUAAUGCAUGAUAUUAGUUUAUAGAAGCCUCUACAGAGCGGAUGAGAAUCAUCAUGAAUUUGCGAGUAUCUGUGCUUGUCCUUUCGGCGAUGUGUGCGUUUUGUCUCGGCACCAUCCCCGGUGAGUUUGGCUCUCUGGCUGAGAUGGAGGACCUCCUGUUAAGGAACCUGUUCCAGGGGUACCAGCGCUGGGUCCGGCCCAUCCAGCACGCCAACGACACGGUCACAGUACGCUUUGGACUCAAGAUCUCACAGCUGGUGGACGUGGAUGAGAAGAACCAGCUGAUGACCACUAAUGUGUGGCUGUGGCAGGAGUGGAUAGAUUAUAAACUGCGAUGGAACCCUGAGGACUAUGGUGGGAUCACAUCGAUCAGAGUUCCAUCUGAGACCAUCUGGUUGCCUGACAUUGUGCUCUAUGAGAAUGCUGACGGGCGGUUCGAGGGCUCCCUGAUGACCAAAGCCAUCGUUAAGUCCAACGGUAGAAUCACGUGGACCCCUCCGGCCAGCUACAAGUCGGCCUGCACUAUGGACGUCACCUACUUCCCCUUCGACAGACAGAACUGCUCCAUGAAGUUUGGCUCCUGGACCUACGAUGGUAACAUGGUGGACAUGAUCCUGUUAGACGACUAUGUCGACAGGAAGGACUUCUUCGACAACGGCGAGUGGGAGAUCCUGAACGCCACGGGGGCCAGAGGAAACCGGAGAGACGGGCUGUAUUCCUUCCCCUUUAUAACGUACUCGUUCAUUCUGAAACGUCUCCCGCUGUUCUAUACACUGUUUCUAAUUAUCCCGUGCCUCGGUCUGUCGUUCCUGACCGUGCUGGUGUUCUAUCUGCCGUCAGAUGAAGGGGAGAAGCUCUCUCUCUCCACCUCCGUCCUUGUGUCUCUCACUGUGUUCCUCCUGGUCAUAGAAGAGAUCAUCCCGUCUUCCUCCAAGGUCAUCCCUCUCAUCGGGGAGUACCUCCUCUUCAUCAUGAUCUUCGUCACCCUCUCCAUCAUCGUCACGGUGUUUGUCAUCAACGUGCACCACCGGUCCUCAGCCACCUACCACCCCAUGUCCCCCUGGGUUCGCACCCUCUUCCUUCAGAGGCUACCUCGGAUGCUGUGCAUGCGGGGCCACACUGACCGGUACCACUACCCCGAGCUGGCGCUGGAGAGUCCUGAGCUGAAUCCCCGGUCUGGGGGUCAGAGGAGCAGCGGGGCCCAUGGACAGAGUCCUCUGGAGGGGAAGGAAGAUGAGAGUCAAGCCUGGGUCACCAUGCUGGAGAGAGCUACGUACUCUGUGCGUUACAUCAGCUGCCAUAUACGCAAGGAACACUUUAUCAGAGAGGUGGUCCAGGACUGGAAGUUUGUGGCUCAGGUUCUGGACAGGAUCUUCCUGUGGGCCUUCCUCACUGUGUCGGUCCUAGGGACCAUCCUGAUCUUCACCCCUGCCCUGCAGAUAUUCCUUAGUACCCCUCCCCAGUCAGACCCAGCAACCCCCAUUAACUCAUCACCCCCCCCAGUCCAGACCUAGCAUCCCCCUCCAACUCGGCACCCAGUCCAGGCCCAGUCCACACCCUCUACCCCUCCUGAAUUCCCCAGACUGAGCCCUGGACACCUGACCAACAACUCAACCCUGACCCCCAGUCUUGAUCUAUAGCCCCCCUCUACCUCCAGUUUCUCCUGAGCUUUUCAGCCAACUGGCCAUUGUCAGCACAGCCAACCCCCUACGGUGGAGCUAUGCCCUGACCUCACGUGCCACACCUUGAGUCAGAAUUAGCACAUCACCAUGCUAGAGCAGUUCUGCUAUAGAUCUUUUAUCCGUGUUUACAUAUUACAUGGUCUUUAUGACAGAGUUCACUCAAUGUACAGAAGAUGAAUAACAAAGCUAAUUAGAAAGGUGUUCAAAAUUUGUAUCAAAGCCACGAUAGUAUGUACAGUAAUGUAGCAUUCUGAAGCACAAACAUUGACUGAAAUAUUUUGAAUGUGUAAAAUGUGCAAUAUUCUCUGUGGUUACUGUAGAUACCAACAACAUACUUAGUUCUUCUUAUUAUACUCCUCAAAACCGUUAUCGUCAGACCCAAAUAUUGUGAUCUUAGUUAGUGUAAGUUUGUCUGUGAGUGGAAUGGUAGCGGCAUCCAGGCCGCUCUGAUUGGACGAUCAGUGUUCUAUUUGUGGUGAUUCGGGGCGGCAGGUAGACGAGUGGUUAGAGUGUAUCCCCGAGUUGACUAGGUAAAAAUCUGUCGUUCUGCCCCUGAACAAGGCAGUUAACCCACUGUUCCUAGGCCGUCAUUGAAAUAGGAAUUUUUUCAUAACUGACUUGCCUAAUUAAAUAAAAAUAAAUUGUGGAGGGUCCUCAUUAGCUAGGAAUUGUUUGAGUUCUGUUUUUUGUUCUGGCUGUUGUGACCUUUGACUUUUAUUUCACACUUGUUUGGGCACUCCAUCAACUAGUUAAUUGAAAUACAUUAUUAUUCAGGUACAAUGACUAUAGUCCCCCAAAAAAAUCCUCCGUCGAUGUCCAGCCACUUUUGUGAUUACUGUUAUGGAGUAUGAUGGGUAACACAGUGAAUCAGACUCUACAAACCAUCGUCCUGAUGUACAUCAAAUCAUCAUAAAGAGAUUUUGAAUACGGCAAGUUUGUAUUUUGUCAUGUAGUUUUGAAUGUCUAUAUCCCUUCAUUUGGAUUCGCUUGGAAGUCUGUUUGGGACGCAGAUUGAUGCUGCUGUUACAUAGUCAAAUUGCGCAAUAUAGUUGUGCGUGUAGUAUUUUAUUCCACUAGGUGGCAACCUUGGUAAGAUGAUUGUCAGCGGUCUCUCUCCUACACGUCAGCAGUCUGUAGGCCUAUUGGAGGUGAUUAUUUAGUCUAUCAAUCCUUUGGUCCUGAUUCUUAACUAUAUGUAGAUUUACAUGUUAUCUCUCACACACUGACACACACUUGCAUGUGUUCUCAUGCACACAAACACACGUCGCCACACAUGCAGACACGCACAUGCACAGCCACCAUAUCGAAAAGUAGACACCUUGCCAGAGUGCAUGCAAGACAAACACAAUGACAUAAAGGGGGAAAAAAUUAAUUCUGUAGGAUGGUUCUUUUUAGGUAGGUGUAUAUGUGUCUUUGAGAAGCUGUACUGUACUCCCUUCAAUUCAGCUAGUAAAGUGCAUGGAACCGUUUCCUCCCAGGUCUAAUGCUAUACUGACAUUGUAUACAAUAUCACAUUGAGCUCUUUGUUCUUCCCCUCCUUUCUUCCUCUCCUCCCUGUGUAACUCUUGACCUUUUUCACUCUGACUCCUAAGUGUUUGCGAGAGGUCCAACCUUUCCCAGACACCUCAUAACUCUGUUACCAAUAUGAAGAUCUAUGGUCUUCUUGGCCUGUUUAUAUCAGGGCAGUCAUUGUGGCUCAACAGGGGCUUGUUUCAGAAUGACUUGUGGGUGUAUUUCAUCAGUGUCUUCACUGGGGUAGCUCAAGCAUCUCAGUGUGAAUGCUGAUUUUUGGAUCAGUUUUGCUGUUUAGAUCACAAAGAAUAAGACUACAUGGACAUGGAGGGACUUGACCCUAGAUCAGCACUCCUACUGUGAGAUGCAUGUUACAUACAGCCCCUGGGACCUGUGCUCUAUCUAUCUGGGAACUUUCCCUGUGGAACCCGUAGUCCCAAACAUCAAGUCACAGAGCCUCAGACACAAACACCAAAACUCACCUGACCCCAUUCCAUCACAUCCUUAGGUUAUGAGUGAAGUGUCCAGGCCCUGCUAAAGCCAGGGCAGUCUUAACAUGUGAUGUGUCCAGGCCCUGCUAAAGUCAGGGCAGUCUUAACAUGUGAUGUGCCCAGGCCCUGCUAAAGCCAGG